CACUAUAGAAAAAAAACGUAAUGCAUUAAUUGAUCAAAUAAAGAACCUACCAGAUAAUCAAAUUUUAAAAUUAGAGAAUUUAAUUAAUACGAUGGUAUAUACUAAAGAUAAAUUAAAAGGUGAAAUAUUGCUACCUUACUUACAAAAUAAAGCAACUGAAUUUGUAGAUAGUGGUCUUUUUAAGCAUUAUUCGUCUGCUUGUGAUUUGCAAGAUAAAAUAAAAAAAUUAGAAACUGAAAAUAAAAAAUUAGCAAAGUCUUUAGAAAAUUCGAAUCAUGAGCUUAGAUCUUUUC